CGAUGUUACCGCAGCAGAAUGCUGCCACCCCUUGUGUAGGAGAGUCACCUGCAAUGAUACAUUGGUAGCCUGUCUUCUCCAAUCGAGCCGUUGCAAGUCAUAAUGCAAUGCGUUUCAAGAGCCAGAUCAAGAAUGUGAACCUCUUCGCAAAGUUCUGCGCCUCUUUGGCCUCGCUCGGGCAGAUCGCCUGGUGUCGACUGAAUGACGAUGAUGUCCAAUUUACCAUCAUUCCGGACAAGGGUAGUCAGGUGUGGUCUGUUCUGAAACCCGAGACGGUCUUUGAAUCGUACAUACUUCAGUCCGCCUCGCCCAAGAACACCAUCAACCUCGAGGUGCCUAUUCAGGCACUCUCCAGAGCUCUGAAGUCGGCGUAUGGCUCGACAUCCGCACAGAUCAGACUGACCAAGAAGGACAAUGUGCCCAUGUUGUCGUUGACCAUUGUCACCAACACCUUCAGUAGUGGAAAUAGUAUUGUUGCGCCAAACUCAGCCACCGGUCAAGCAGGCGCCGGCGGCGUCCACGGUGAAUUCGAUUCCAACGAUGACAUGCAGGACGCAUCUUUCAUUGGCGCAAACGGAGGCGGAGCGCGGGAACGAGAGACCAUCAUCACUCAAGAUAUACCAGUUAAGGUGCUAUCAAUGGAGGUUGUGGAAAGGAUCCAUCAGCCUCGGACCCAGGAGCCGGAUGUCAACAUCUAUCUCCCUCCUCUGGCACAGAUCAAAACGAUAUCGGACCGUUUCACUCGGUUGGCUAUAGCAACUACUAAAGGAUCAUCCAGUGCCAGUCCUCGCUUAGAACUGAGCGCGAACAUGCAUGGCUCGCUGAAAAUAUCGGUUCGGACCGAUGCGCUCAAUAUCACAAGUCGCUGGACCGGCCUUGCCAACCCCGAACUCGACCCGGCUCACUUCCCGGAUGGCUCGCAAGGUGUGAGAGACCAUCCGAGCACAAGAAUGAAGCAGCUUGGUGGGACCGACGGCGAGAAUGAAGCAGGCUGGUCUAAAGUCAGGAUCGAUGCUAAAGACUGGUCGAGGGUGCUCAGUGUGGGGAGAGUGAGUGCUAGGGUUAUUGCCUGCUUCAUCAACGAGGGAGGUUUGGUGUUGUAUGUGUACUUGCCCAAUGAUGAGAGUGGAAGUGAGGACGAAUCCUGCCUUACGUAUUACGUCAGCUCGUUCUCUGCCUAAGCAACACCAUGAUAUACAAAGCUGGACAACAUAGAGGGGAGGUGGAGACCAUUCGCAGCGAAAUAGCUCCAACGAGGGGGGCAGUCAAUAUCCGAGCUGGAUAAAUGUGAAGAAAUACAGCUCAGUGGGCCCAUACGCCGUGUCAUAUCUGGGCACACGAUAUCUUGCUGCGGCAGCAGUGUCAUCUCAUUAUCUCCCUUACGGAUGCUCCUAGUACAGGCCAGAAAUCAGUUCUCAGUGUGGACCCCGAGAAUGAUGGGCUAGCGAGAUUGUGGAUUACGGCGUUGCAUGUAUGCUUGAAGGGGAGUAUGAAUUAAGUACCUAGGUAGUCGCGCAUGUAGUCUCGACAAGGUGCUAGUUAAAGCCUGGCGAUCAGACUAUUCUCGGGGGAUGAGACCAUCGUGUCCCUACAGCUGACAUCCCUCCACAUCAUCAAACCAUCUCCAAACCA